GUGAUGAUAUCAUUUGGGUGGGCAUUAUACCAAACCAACCAUGUCUUUACUUUACCCACUCACUCCUAAUUCAUGACCAACUUCUCAACCCUAUACUAUACGUAUCUUCAAUCUCAAGUGAACCUUUUUGUUACUUUCCUCUCUUAUGCACCCUAUAAAUACAUGACAUUCCAUCUUUGCAAUAUCACAUCAACAAAAAAUAAAUCCAUUCCAUUCUUUUAGUAUUUGAAUCAGCUUAUAAAUAUUCAAUGGCUUUUUCAAAAUUUGUCACAUUCCUGGUCAUUUUUAUUUCUACGGUUGCAAUUGCCUCUGCUGGCAAUUUUUAUCAAGACUUUGAUAUAACAUGGGGGGAUGGUCGUGCUAAAAUACUCAACAGUGGCCAACUUCUUACUCUAUCUCUUGAUAAGUCCUCUGGUUCAGGCUUUCAAUCCAAAAAUGAAUACCUUUUUGGCAAAAUUGAUAUGCAACUUAAACUUGUUCCUGGCAACUCUGCUGGCACUGUCACUGCCUAUUAUCUGUCAUCAAAAGGAGGUGCAUGGGAUGAAAUUGACUUUGAAUUCUUGGGAAAUUUGAGUGGUGAUCCUUACAUCCUUCAUACCAAUGUGUUUAGCCAAGGCAAAGGUGACAGAGAGCAACAAAUUUACCUUUGGUUUGACCCAACUGCAGAUUUUCACACAUACUCAAUUCUAUGGAAUCCACAACGUAUUGUUUUCUCUGUGGAUGGAACUCCAAUUAGAGAAUUCAAGAACAUUGAAUCAAGUGGCGUUCCAUUCCCCAAAAACCAACCAAUGAGGAUAUACUCAAGUCUCUGGAAUGCUGAUGAUUGGGCAACAAGAGGAGGACUUGUUAAGACAGAUUGGUCCAAAGCUCCUUUCACUGCUUCUUACAGACACUUCAAUGCUAAUGCAUGCAUUGUGUCUUCUGGAAUAUCAUCUUGUGAUUCAGCACAAUCUAAUAAGAAUGAUUGGUUCUCUGAGGAGCUGGAUUCAACAAGUUAUGAGAGGCUCAAGUGGGUUCAGAAGAAUUACAUGAUCUAUAAUUACUGCAGUGAUAACAAAAGAUUUCCUCAGGGUCUUCCUCAAGAAUGCAGGAUGACUUAGGGGAUUUGUGAAUUUAGUUUACAUCAACAUGUUGUAUAAUUGUAUUGUAUUUUCUUUUGUUUUUGUAACUUUCAUAAUCAAACUCAUUAAUUAUUUGUA